AUGGGGAUAGACUACUACGGCCUGCUGUCGGUCUCUAAGACCGCGACUGACGACGAGCUGAAGAAGGCGUACCGCAAGCUCGCCAUGAAAUGGCAUCCGGACAAGAACCCCGACAACAAGGACGCAGCGGAGGCCAAGUUCAAGCAAAUAUCAGAAGCAUACGAGGUUCUCAGCGACCCCGAGAAACGCGAGAUCUACGACCAGUACGGAGAAGAGGGUCUUAAAGGAGGCGUGCCUCCUCCCGGCGCAGCAAACGGCGGCGCCCCUGGCGGGGGGUUUCCCGGCGGCUUCCCCGGCGGGCCAGGCGGCGGCGGCGGCGGCGUGCGCUUCCACUCGUUCAAUCCGCGAAACGCGGAGGACAUUUUUGCGGAGUUCUUCGGCGGCGGGUCGAGCCCGUUCGGCGGCGGCGGAAUGGGCGGAAGUUCGUUCAGCGGGUUUGGCGGGCCGGGUAUCCGCGUAACGCAAAUGUCACCCAACGGAUCUCCAAGAAUGGGCGGAAUGGGGGGAAUGGGGGGGAUGGGGGGGAUGGGGGGAAUGGGGGGAAUGGGCGGAAUGCAAUUCCAGGAGAUGUUCGGCGGAGACGAAUCCCCCUUCGCGCGUUCGCCCAUGGGCGGGAGUCCCAGGAGUCCCAGAAAGCCGCCUCCUGUGGAGAACAAGCUUAUGUGCACUCUCGAGGAGCUCUAUACCGGAUCCACACGGAAAAUGAAGAUUUCAAGAAACAUUGCAGACGCCAGCGGGAAAACGCUGCCCGUGGAGGAGGUCCUGACCAUCAAUGUGAAGCCCGGAUGGAAGAGAGGCACCAAGAUCACAUUCACAGAGAAAGGCAACGAGCAACCUGGCAUGCUCGCAGCAGAUCUCACCUUCAUCAUCGAAGAGAAACCCCACGAUAGAACGACAAACCUUAAAGAGCUCCCGGAUUCCGCGCGAGCCGCGGAUCUUAAAGACCUAUUGGCCUCCAAAGGCGGUCCCGCCACCAUUUCCCGCCAACACCUCCUUUUCGAAUCGCGCUUGCUCUCCGACGAUGCCGCGCCGCUCGCGUCCGUAUUCGCGUCGCGACGCGGCGAUCCACGUAAGCAUUCGCUUCCGCUUCGGGACCUGACCGUCCACCAGACUUUUUUUCUGCCCGGAGGUGCGCCGCAGCCCGCGGUUCCACGCCCGAAGCUCAACUUCAAUCAACGCCCGCCUCCUAACUAUGUCGCCGGUCUGGGUCGCGGUGCGACGGGUUUCACCACGCGGUCCGAUAUCGGUCCCGCGCGGGCGGCGCCAGACAUGCCGGACCGCAACGCGGCGCCGUUGGGCCGCGGGAGAGGCGCGGGAGGGGGAGCGGGGGGAGCGGAGGAGGAGGAGGAGGAGGAAGAGGAAGAGGAGACGGGGAAGGAGAAGAAAGAGGUCAAAUACGACGAGCAUCAGAAAUUCGACGAGUUCGAAGGGAACGAUAUGGGACUGUUCGCGACGGGGGAGUAUGACGAGGAUGAUAAAGACGCGGACGCGAUUUGGGAUAGCGUCGACGAGCGCAUGGACGAUCGGCGGCGCGACCGGCGCGACGCGCGGCUGAAGGAGGAGAUCGAGAAGUACCGCGCCUCGAACCCGAAAAUCACGGAGCAAUUUGCGGAUCUGAAGCGUGGGCUGGGCCAGAUGUCGACCACUGAUUGGGACAGCAUUCCGGAAAUUGGGGACUACAGUUUGCGAAACAAAAAGAAACGGUUUGAGAGCUUUGUGCCCGUACCGGAUACGCUCUUAGAGAAGGCGCGGCAGGAGAAGGAACACGUGUCGGCCCUAGACCCGAAGGGGAAAGGGGCGGUUUUGGGCGGCACUGAAACGCCUUUCGCAUCUCAAACGCCCGUGACAGAUCUGACGGCUGUGGGCGAGGGACGCGGUACAGUGCUGAGCCUGAAACUCGAUCGGCUGUCUGACAGUGUAACGGGGCAGACUGUAGUGGAUCCUAAGGGGUACUUAACGGAUCUUAAAUCCAUGCGGAUUACGUCCGACGCGGAGAUUUCGGAUAUUAAAAAGGCGCGCCUGCUGCUGAAAUCGGUGAUCCAGACGAAUCCGAAGCACGCUCCUGGGUGGAUAGCAGCAGCGCGGCUGGAGGAACUUGCUGGGAAGCUUCAGGCCGCGAGGGGGUUUAUUCAAAGGGGGUGCCAGGAGUGUCCUAAAAACGAGGACGUUUGGUUGGAGGCGUGUCGCCUUUCCUCUCCUGACGCGGCUCGAGCCGUGAUCGCGCGGGGGGUGAAGGAGAUCCCGACAUCUGUCAAGCUCUGGAUGCACGCCGCCCGGCUGGAAAAGGAUGACGUGGCGAAAUCCCGCGUUUUAAGGAAGGCUCUAGAGCACGUACCGGAUUCAGUGCGUCUGUGGAAAGCGGUGGUGGAGCUAGCUAAGGAGGACGACGCGAGGAUUCUUUUGUCCCGGGCAGUUGAGUGCUGCCCGUUACACGUGGAGCUCUGGCUAGCCCUGGCCCGUCUAGAGGUUUACGAAAACGCUAAGAGGGUUCUGAAUAAGGCUAGGGAGGCUUUACCGACUGAACCGGCUAUCUGGAUUGCUGCUGCUAAGUUGGAAGAAGCGAAUGAUAAUGAAGGGAUGGUGGGGAAGAUUAUAGAGAGGGCGAUUCGCGGGUUGCAGAGAGAAGGGGUGGUGAUUGAUAGGGAAGCGUGGAUGAGGGAGGCUGAAGCAGCGGAAAGGGCAGGGUCGGUUGCCACGUGUCGCGCUAUCAUUCGCUCGACGGUCGGUAUGGGGGUGGAGGAGGAGGAUCGGAAACGAACCUGGGUGGCAGACGCGGAGGAGUGUAUCAAAAGAGGUUCGGUGGAGACGGCUCGGGCGAUUUUCGCGCACGUGCUGACCGUUUUUCCGGGCAAGAAGUCGGUGUGGCGGCGGGCAGCCCAGCUGGAAAAAACGCACGGGACUCGCGAGUCAUUGGACGCGCUGCUCCGCCGGGCAGUCACGUACUGCCCGCAGGCCGAAGUUUUAUGGCUCAUGGGGGCAAAGGAAAAGUGGCUAGCAGGAGACGUGCCGGGGGCGCGAGCUAUCCUAGAAGAGGCCUACGCUGCCAUUCCGGAUUCUGAGGAGAUCUGGCUUGCUGCUUUCAAACUGGAAUUUGAAAACAGGGAGCCAGAGCGAGCGAGGAGGCUUCUUGCUAAGGCGAGAGAGAUGGGGGGAACGGAGAGAGUUUGGAUGAAAUCGGCUAUCUUAGAGAGAGAGGUUGGGGAUGUGGAGGAGGAAAAGUUUCUGUUAGAGUCGGGGUUGCGGCUCUUUCCCGGGUUUCACAAGCUCUGGCUCAUGCUCGGGCAGCUGGAGGCUCGGCAGGGCCGGACCGGGGCUGCCCGGGAAAUUUUCCAGCGCGGGCUGAAAAACUGCCCGGGAAGUAUUUUCCUCUGGCUGUGCGCUGCGAAGCUGGAGGAGGAUCUAGGUGCGGUGAGCAAGGCUCGGGCGAUUCUGGAGCAGGCUCGGCACAAGAACCCGCAGACGCCGGACCUCUGGCUGGCUGCGGUUCGGACGGAGGCUCGGGCCGGGAACAAGAAGGCCGCCGAAGCUACCUUAGCCAAGGCUCUCCAAGAGUGUCCCAGCAACGGGAGGCUAUGGGCAGAAGCGAUCGAAAUGGCGCCGCGGCCGCAGCGAAAGUCCCGCAGCGUGGACGCUCUGAAAAAGUGCGACCAUGACGCUUAUGUUGUUGCUGCGGUGGCCCGGCUCUUCUGGGCGGAUCGGAAGGUCGACAAGGCUCGGAACUGGUUCGGCCGGGCCGUGACGCUAGCUCCGGAAGUGGGGGAUUUCUGGGCGCAGCUGUGGAGGUUUGAGAAGGCGCAUGGGAGCGAGGAGCAGAGGGGGGAGGUGGUGAGGAGGUGUGUUGCUGCUGAGCCGAGGUAUGGAGAGGCGUGGACGAAAGUAGCUAAGGCGGUGGAAAAUGCUCAUCUGUCGACCGAGGCUCUGCUGAAAAAAGUUGUGUUGGCGAUGGAUAGGGAGGAGGCGGCUAAGACAGCUUCUGGUGCUUCAUCUGUCAGCGCUGCUUCUGGUGCCUCUGCUCCCGCUGCUGCUAACGGUACUCCUGCAUGUGCGAAUGGGUCUGCUUCUGCUGCUGCACCAAUGGCAAUGGAUAACUAG